AUGACCACCACAGUAAGGGACCUGAUGGAAACGUACAGCCGUCCACCUUUAAGCAUCGAUAACGACGGCACAACUGCUCGCAAAGUAUGGACAGAGGAAUAUUUUCCCUUUCAACAACAAUACGUUACAGUGUGGCCGCCGCAGAGACAGGCUAUUGAUGCAUUCCUGGGCUCUGGUACCUCAAGGUCGGAUGCUGAUUCAAUUGGCCUCGACACUCCUGCUUAUCCUUUGAAUGUCUUUCCCCAGGUGGUUGCAACUGAAGGCGAUGUAACACGGGAUUUCGAUCAAAAUAUCAUUCCUGCUGUUGCUUUGGCAUUCUCUGGUAACUCGGCUAGAUCUAGGCUGAGGUCUAAUCCGCGACAAAUUGUUCCGGGCGCUCCCGCUCUCUGGUUGAGGUCACUAGUUGGAUCUACAACAUCAAAAUUCGUUGAUUAUCAGAUCGCAAUGUCCCAUAAAAUACCAUCACUUCAAGAGGCUGCUGUGGUAGGGGAAAUGAAAAAGCCUAAAGUGAUCAGAAGAAAUGAAUGGGCAUUUGAAGUACAUGCAGGUUCGGUAACUUUACGCCUUCAACAAGAACUCAGAGCGUCUUUAUUUUUGACUCGAAUAGCCUAG